AUGAGAGAGAACGACUUUUGGAACUCGGACUCUUCUGAUGAAGGAAGAAAUCCAAGAACAAAAUCCGGGAAAGGAGGAAAAAAGAAAAAAAUAAGAGACACCGUAGAUGCUCGUCCCGGGUAUAUCGAGUCCUUGAGUCAACGCCUUGAACCAGUAGUCAUUAGCACUCCUAAGGAUAGUCAUCAUUAUAUUAUUAAAGGACCAAAGAAAGUGAUCGUGUUCAACCACAAGAAGUUCGACGCCAGGUUCCAGCUGAACGAGAGAAAGGGGACCGAGGCGGAUGUGGCCUACAUCGACUCAACUUUCACCAGGCUCGGCUGGGAUGUCCAGGUUUUGGACGACCAGACCAGCGCGGAGAUUACUGACGUCAUCAGCAAAAUUCAAAGUUCCCGGGAAACGGAAAAACUCGCUGCUAUCGCAAUUUUUAUACUCUCCCACGGCGAGGACAACGGUACAGUGUUCGCCUAUGAUUCGAUGUAUCGUGUUGACAACGAUAUAAUCCUCAAGCUGACGGCGGACAAAUGUCCGUUUUUAGCGGGGAAACCUAAACUAAUAUUCGUUCAGGCUUGCCAAGGACAGGAAACCGAUCCCGGAAGCAGAAUACGACGACGUCAUACAAGCCAAGACUCCGCUUCCUCGUACAAAAUCCCAAACUUUGCGGAUUUUCUAAUUUUCCAGGCGUCCUUCUGGAACCAUUACUCCUUCCGUAGCAGCGAUACCGGCUCCUGGUUCAUCCAGGCUCUCUGCUCCAAGAUCAACCUGAGCGAUGAGACGGAUACUCUCCUGGAUACCUUGCUCCUUGUAUCCAGAUCCGUCUCACUGGAGAAGGAGUCGAAUGUGCCAAAUAGACCGAACCUUCAUCAGAAAAAGCAAACUCCACUCUUGUACUCAACUAUGCUCCGGAAACUCUAUCUCAAGGAUCCAUUGGAUAAACCGAUCCGGGGUCUGAUUUCAGGAUCCGUCCCUGCGCUUAAUACUAAUCCGGUUGACUCGGAUUCUAAGGGAUCCGGGAGACAAAAAGAUUGUCUAAUUAUGUAAUUGUUCUUCUUAGAAACUUCGAUUACCUCUGAUGUUCCUAUUUAUUGUUGUGAAAUGAAGCGCUGUUAAGGAUCCGGGUCUUUUCCGGACGAAGUCAGGAUCCGAAUCCGCAUCAAAACUAAAAAUUAGAUUCAAAGCAUAAAAACAAUUAUUAGAUGAAACAUUUUCCUUUGCACCUUAAAGUAAGGAAAAACGCGACCGUUUAAAUUCAUAAACUUUGUUUUGGUGGAAAAAAUACUGGCUUUUAAAUACCACAUUGAUGCAAUUUUUGUCCAUUUAUGUUUUUUUUUUCAAUUUUACUAGCUCAUGAUAUAAACUGCUUAUUUACUAACAUAUAUUAACAUUUUAUUUUACUAGCUCAUGAUAUGAACUGCUUAUUUACUAACAUACAUUUUCAUUUACUCAUAGUUACCAGUCAACCCGUUUAGUUCUUUCUCAUUUACAUUCUUUGUUAAAUAAUUUUAAGUAUUAGAUUUCUCUUAAUUCCCUAAAAUAUGAUCUGCUUAUGACUUCAAAAUAUUCUGUCCAAAAAAAUGUGAUUUUUACAUGUGUAAUCUAUUUUUACAGAAAUAUAUUUUCAGAA